GGGGUAGAGCAUUGUAUUUGAAUUUGAUGAAUUGUGUACUUCUCGUGUUGUUGGUUUUGUUUUGUUAUUAUAUUUUGUGAAAAAAAUAUCUCAAGUAACUUUUUGAGCUGCGGCUUAACAAUUGGAAAAAAUCAUGAAUAGAAUUCAAUGCGGUGUUAUUGUUCAAUAAUUAUUUUGCGAUUCCGAAUGCUUCGCGGAUCUCGGGUCCGGGCUUAAAAUUUGAAUUUAAGGAGGAAUGUUUUCCUCGGAGUGCAGUGCUGUGUUUUUUUCCUUAUUUUAUGUAAAGUGUGUGUGAUGUAGUUGAUAUACAUACAAUGUUUCAUUUAAAUUUAUUCAAGGGAUUAUUUCUUUAGACUUUUCAAAACUUAUAAAGACGAAAAAAGCAUCUGUGAAGAUAAAACAUAACAAUGCACUCUCUAAGUCUAAAUUAUUUAAUUGUGUUAUUUUUAAUUUCGAAUUUUACUGGAAACUCCGGUCAUAAACUACAAACAUUCGACUAUCACAACUUUUCAACUCAAUUCUCUGAAGCCGAACCAGUUUCUACUUUAUUAAACGAUGACGGUGGAAGUUUUGAUGAAACAAAAGAAAAAAAUCCAGUAUUCGAUAGUCCAGCUUUUAAAGAUGAUAUUGAUGAAAGUGACCAAUUAAAUAAUGAUGAAUAUAUUGCAAGGCCUGAUCCAGAUGAAAAGCAGGACUUUUUUCAAUAUCCCGAUGGUUUUGAUGAAACUGAAGAUGCAAAAACUUUUAAACAUCAAGAAUAUGAAGAAAAUCCAUUGGGUACUAGUUUGGCAGCUUUCGGAUCGAAAAUAAGUGCCAAAGAUGUUGGAUCGACGUUGCCUGUUUUUUUAGAUGAGCCUCAGAAUUCUUUUGUUGUUAAAAACAAACCUGUUACUCUAAAGUGUAAAGCUGCAUAUGCUCUUCAGGUUCAUUUCAAAUGCAGUGGUAGUUCAGAACCACCGCCUUCUGUUCCUGACUCUCACGUUGAUCCGCAUAGUGGUGUUCACAUAAAAGAAGUUACAGCUACCAUUCAUCGAGAUUUGGUUGAUGAAUAUUUCGGUAAAACACCUUUCCAAUGUGAAUGCCAGGCUUGGUCAUCAAGAGGAGUGACGAAAAGUCAAGCAGCUACUAUAAAUGUCGCAUAUAUUAGAAAGCAAUUUGCAGUUUCACCCACCUCGUUGCGCGUUGAAAUCGGAUCGCGAGCAGAAUUACAUUGUAAACCACCAAAUGGAAUACCCUCACCAACUAUACAAUGGUAUAAAAAUGAUUUUCCAAUAUUAGAUGUUGAAGGAAUCGAAAUAACGGCUGAUAAAAGUCUUGUUUUAAAUAAAGUAUCCUUGCAGGAUAUGGCCAACUACACAUGUUAUGCAGAAAAUAUUGCUGGAAAACGAAUAUCAGAUUCCGCUGUACUCAUUGUAUAUGUCAAUGGUGGUUGGAGUGCUUGGAGUCCAUGGAAAGAUUGUAAAUGUAUCGGAAUGCCAAGUCAAGGACGGAAAAGAUCAAGAAUAUGCAACAAUCCUAUGCCUUUAAAUGGUGGCAUAGCUUGCAAUGGACCACAAAUUCAAAAAUCCUCUGACUGUCUUAGUUGUCCAGAAGACAUCCAUAUAAUUAACUCGGAUGGCUCAGAUGUAUAUGCUGCAGGACGCUGGUCGGUAUGGGGUGAAUGGAGUUCAUGCUCCGCUGAAUGUAUACAAGUACGUCGCAGGAAAUGUAUUACUCAUUCUGUGGAUGAUGCUUUAAUGGAUAGUGGCAGUGCACACUCGCUAAACAAUGGCUUUGUAAAAUCAUUGUGUUCCGGAAAAGAUUUUCAGACAUCUGAAUGCCGAGGGGGGCUUUGCCGCAUAGGAAAAAGUGAAUUUGAUUGGGCCUUGUAUUUGGGUCUCGCAUUUAUAGCUGUCGUGUGUAUGACUUUUGGUGUAGCAGUAAUAUGCUUUGCUCGGAGAGGGAUCACAAAUAGUCCAGACUACAACAUUGCUAGGACAGUUCUGGAAUCAAAAUAUGUAGGAAGUAGCGAUAAGAAAAUGAUUCACAGAAACUAUGUCGCGGAUGGUAAUGUUAACUAUGACUAUGCCAAUCCUGGUCACACGUCACUUAGUGGAGAACAGGCAGUAUCUGAGCAUCAUUAUGAUGUACCUAACUUAUCAGCAAACUAUACAAAUCCAAUUGAUGGAAUAAGUGUUGACUACAUAAGUGAUACAGCAGAAACAUCUACUUGCACAUCUGAUUCAACGGAUUACGACUAUGCGUCAAAACAAAAAUGCCUUUCAGUGUCUAAGCGAUCCUGCAAAAUGAGUUCCAUAAAAGAUGUUUUCAAUGAAGCUGGUGGAUAUCUCCGAUUGUACGAAGGAAAAGUAUCUCUGUAUGUUCCAGAAUUUGCCUUAGGCAACUACGACAAAAAAGGAGUUUCCGUUGCUGUUCUUGGCGAAGAAUUUUCAAGAAUAAAUGUUAAAUCUUUCGACUCAAUGCUGAUUACCAGCACAAUAGUGUCUUGCACACCGCUUAAAUUUAAUUUUCUAAAACCUUGUAUCCUAAAAAUUCCUCAUUGUUUAACAGAGCCAUCUUUGUGGAACAUAAGCGUGUACAGCUCAGAAGCGAGUAACAAUGAUAUUAAUGUCAAAUGGGAAACAAUAACUAAAAUUGGUGUUAGUACGAAUACUUCUAAGUUUUUUAUAAAAGUUGAUAAGCACUUUGCCUAUAUAAUGACCGAACGGAUGGGCCGUUUUGCUAUUUUAGCUCAACCCGAUCCCAGUAUAGAAAAUUUAUCGAUUGAAAUGAAGUUAUUAGCAUUUGGACAAGUUGCUCCUAAUUGUGCUGUUGGAAGUCUUCGAGUGUACAUCGUUAAAGAUUUUCCAAAUAGCUGUGAAAUUUGUUCCCGUAUUGAGUCCCAGCUGGGCGGGUCGUUUAUGGGAGAAAGCGAAACAUUUUCCUUUAGUUUAAACGAGAGCGAUCUAAACAUUCGUAUACGUUCCACAGGUGAAUGGGAAGUCCCGAGUCACUUGCAAGAACAAGUUAUACCAUAUAAUCACAUCCUUAGCAACAACUCAAUACUACAUUGUGAAUUCAAUUUACGAAGAAAGGAAUCACAUUUUAUGGACAUAAGUUUAGAAAUAGACUUUUCUCAAACAAAUAGUGAGAAUGAUUAUAAUUCAUUUGCAGUGCCACAAACUAGAGUUAUCACACCAGUGAGUCCCGAUAAUGAGCGACAAGUAGUAUUUGUCAACAAAAGGGGGCGUUUCAUAAAUGAAAUAUACACAGACUCGAAGAUUCCACGAGAAAUCAAAAACAUUUUAUGUGUCACUCUUGAUCCUUUGCGUGUUGAUAAAAAUGACUGGCGAACUCUUUCGAUUAAAUUAAAUUUAUUAGAAUACAUCGAAUAUGGUGCAUCGAGACCUAAUCCAACAGAAAAUCUACUAAAUCUAUGGGAGUGUAGGAGCACGAAUGAGAAGAACAUUCACGAUUUAGUUCGCAUACUCAAGGAAAUGCAUAGAGAUGAUGUAGUAGAUUUGAUUGAAAAAAGUGUGGGUCCCAUUUGGCUUUAAAGAACACAACAAAAGGCUUAGAAUUUAUUUGAUAGAGAACAGCAGCUUUAAACAACAACAUAACAAACAAAAAUAUUUUACACACAUAAGCAUGUAGUUUGUAUAUUUGUGGCCAAAAAUUAUACAAUAAGUAGGUUAAAGUAAGUACAUAUAUAAAUAUAAUUAAUUGCUAUAGUCGAUAUUGAACAAAAUAGUUCUUAACAUACAUUUAUAGACAUAUAUAUAUAUAUAUAUUUAGAGUUAAACAGUUAUGAUUAAGUAUUUUUUAAAGCCUUUCGUAAUUGUUUGGGCUAUUUGUAUACGUAUACAAACAAAAACUAUUCUUUUAUUUACUUAUGUAAAUUAUUGUUGCCAUCUUUUUUGUUAAUCAACUGUCAUUCUUUUAAUAUUCAACUUCUGAUUGUUUUCGUUUGAUUGGUUCAGCAUUUUGCAUUCCACUUAUUAUAAAUUCCCUUUAUGAAAAUAUAAAUGGGUGUUGCAAAUUUCUGUGAAAUAAAAUAUCUUGGAUAAAAAGAAGGACAUAACUAAAAUUGAAAAGCGAAUUUUCGGAAGAUUGUUGGUCUUUUAAAAAAACCUUGUUGAAGUUUCAUGAAAAUCGUUACACAAGUAGAAUAUAAAUCAGUGAAAAGUAUGGUUUUAACCUUCUAACGACAAUUGUAUGCCAAAUAAAAAUUAUUGAAAUUGUGACUUAAACUUCAGGUCAGGUUUUUUUUCCAAAGUCUUAAUUCAUAUAACAACAUAAUUCUUAGUUCAGUAAAAUAGGGCGAAUAAUUUUGGUCAAGCUCGAAAUAAUUGAUAGUUAGCUGAAAAUUUGUUUAUACUCAUAAAAUCUCGUGUUGGUUUUGUAAGUUAUAGAUUGCCAAAAGGUAGUACCCGUGACAUGAUAGUUAGUGUGUUGGACUGUCAUGCCAGAGGUCUUGGGUUCAAUCACUGCCUGUGCCAUUCACGGGUACUACCUCUUGCGAGGAAUUGACAAAGCCUCCAAAAGAAAUUCUUGUCAGAUUAGCCGUUCGGAUUCAGGUUAAAACCGUAGGUGCCCUCCAUCCCUGACAAUAGUACUCGCACACAGGAAUGGUUGAGAGUUUUAAGUUACUAGGCCCUGGUUCCCAUUGGACUGUUCUGCCAUCUAGUUUUAUUUACUUUAUGAUUGCCAAACUUCGCGAUUUUUCUUGAGUAUGUCAAUUUCACUAAAAUGAUGCCUCUACACUAAAAUUGUCAAGCAUACAAUUUGAAAAAUUUUGUCUCAACAAUUUUUGUAUACGCGUAAACGAAACCCUAAUUUUACUGUAAAACAUGGAAUGUUUUGAACUUAUCUUAACCGAAGCUUUUCUGCCUUUGAACUAGUAUACAAAAUUAAAUAAAGACAAAACGACAAGGCUCAUUCAUUAACACUAAAAUGAUGUGAAACUUCUGUAUUGCAAGUUUAUCUAAAUAUACAGUGCAUCAAUUUCAAAUUCGUACCUCUUCUAUUAAAACUUUGAAUGUUCUCCUGAUCUUAAAUGACUUGAAGUAGGACAUUAAUAACACAUGCAUGUUAAGUUUGUAUUCAUGGUUGAUAUAUUUUAGCAAAUUUUCUUAGUUGGUAAAAAUCAUUUACUAAGUAAAUGCUAAAAUGAUAAAAACUACUACAAAACUAAGUCAAUUUUGAAUUCGUACGCUUUGUUCUAAGUUGCCAAGCAGCUUGAAUUUCCCUUGCAUUUUCAAUAAAAUGCGUUUUGUUAAAUUAUUUAAAAUAUUCUAAAGUUAUUUAGAAUUUUUAAAAGCGUUUUAGUCAAUUUGUCUCAGAAUUUAACAACCAUGGCAAGUGAAACCUCUAAAGAACUUCGAGAACUCAUCGUAAAAUACCACCAAAAAAAGGUUAAUCAUAUAAACAGAUUUUAUCUUUAGUUAAUCGAGCUAAAUCAGCGAUUAAAAGUAUUGUUAACCGGUUUGCCAAGGAAAAAAAGAUUGAAAACUUGACUCGCAAUACGACAAGAACUAUUUGCACACAGAACAAGAGGAUUAAUGUACGUGAAAUAAUUAAAAAUACAAAGCAUAAUACACCAAAAUUGGCACAGAAUCUUCGCCAAUACGUGGAAAAGCAAAUUUGCACUGAAACGUUGCGGAAUUGUAUACGGGAACAUGGUUUCAACGGAAACCAAAAGACCAUUUAUUAGUCAUGUCAACAGAACCAAACGGCUUGUAUUCGCCAAAGAAUACCAAGCAAAAGACUUUGACUUCUGGAAAACGGUUAUUUUCACAGAUGAGUCAAAGUUACACAUUCAUGGCUCGGAUGGCAGACAAAUGGUUUCGCGUAAGCCAAAUGCUAUAUACCUUCCCCAAAAACAUGCUGGUGGGUCGGAAAUGGUGUGGGUUUUUUUUUUGGAAAACUGUACAUAAUUGAAGGAAAUAUGGAUCACAAGGUCUACAUCGAUGUCCUGAAGACGAAUUUAAAAGAUAGUGCUGCACAAAUGGGUCUAGAAA